AUUGACACAGUUGGCACUGGGCACAGCAAGACUCACUCCUUUGAUUCAGCAACUUGAUUCUCUUCCUCUCCUUCUGUCCAUGACAUUUUGAACAGUUGAUUAGAGUUAGAACUUAGAAGUCCACGCUCAAGGUGUGUUUAUUCAUAAAAAAGACCAGUUGGGUCUAUAUUAUAUAUAUCUCAGAUUGGAAGAACGAGGUGGGAAGAUAAGGGAAAAUGAAGAGGACCAGAGAUAUGGAGAAGAGGUCAGAAAUAAACUCUGCCAUUGAAGAGCUUUCCAUGCUGGUUAUAGUCAAACCUGGAUCAAAUCAAGAGGAUGCACACAUCCCCACCAAGCCUUUCCUAUCACUAUGUUACUUGAUUGUACAAGUUCUUGAUAAGAUUGGGCCAACAAUGGCUGUUUUGAGACAAGACGUUUACCAAAAUAUCAAGAGGUUGGAAGCCAUGCAUGAAUCAAAUCCCUCAGUGAAUUCAAAUUUGGUUGAGAUAUUGAAAUCAGAAGCUAGCAAAGGCAACGCCAAGUCAACGUGGUGUAGCUGCAGUAAAUCCUUUGUUUGGCUCACUAGAUCCCUAGAUUUCUCCUCAGCCUUGUUACAAGCACUAGCAAAAGAUCCUAAAAAGAAUAUGGAGCAAGCAGUUCAAGAAUCUUAUGCUGCAACUUUGACACCAUGGCAUGGAUGGAUUGCAUCAGCAGCUUUCAAGGUGGCUGUAAAACUAGUGCCUGAUACUGAAACUUUCGUGGAUCUCCUCAGGGGGAAAAAUGAAGACUAUGAGACCCUAAAGGAGAAUAUGCAGAUCCUGGUUUCUUUGCUUGUGCCUUUUCUUGAGGAUAUCCAUUGUCUUCUGAAAGCAUAUGACUUGGACAAGCUUAAGUCAAGCUGAAGUCAAGAUAGAAGAACUUCUCAACAGCUUUGUGUAGUGUAUAUAGUUUGGUUUCUUUGUAAAUUGCUUGUAUAGUAAAUUUUGUGUCAACACAGCACUGUAGUUACAAGUUUGUAUCCGGAUGGUCAAUAUAGAUGGUUAUACACCAUUUUUGUUAUUAGAA